AUGAGCCGUUAUUCAAUAUUACUACCUACUUAUAAUGAGAAAGAAAACCUUCCUCUUACUGUCUAUCUUAUAGAUAAGUACAUGCGCAGCAAUUCAUACGAUUACGAAAUCGUUAUCGUUGACGAUAAUAGCCCUGAUGGAACACAGCUAGCUGCUGAAAAGCUUCAAGAAUUAUAUGGUCCUGGCAAAAUUGUUCUUAAACCUCGGCAAAAGAAAGAAGGAUUGGGGUCGGCUUAUGUGCAUGGUUUGAGGUACGCUACAGGGGAUUUUGUUAUUAUUAUGGAUGCUGAUCUUUCGCAUAACGUAAGAUUGCAGAAGUGUAUGGAUUAUGAUAUCGUAACCGGUACUCGAUAUGGAUGUGGUGGUGGUGUGUGCGGUUGGAAUUUAAAACGCAAAAUCAUCAGCCGAUGUGCUAACUUUCUGGCUCACCUCUUGCUGUUACCCAAAGCUUCAGACUUAACGGGAAGCUUUCGUUUAUACAAGCGGAAUGUUUUGUCCGAAUUGAUUAAGUGUUCUUUUUCACGUGGUUAUGUUUUCCAAGUGGAGAUGAUGGCUCGUGCAUCAUCUAUGGGCUAUAAAAUCGGCGAGGUUGGCAUUUCAUUUGUUGAUCGUCUUUACGGCGCCUCAAAACUAAGUGGCUCAGAGAUCAAGCAAUACUUGGCCUGUCUUAUUCGUUUAUUCUUUACGAUUUAG